AUGUCCACUCUCGCGUCAUCCGAAGGUGGGCGCUUGCCAAUCUCUAUUGCCGUCAUACAAGAGCAAAUUGAGCGACCGCCUCACUUGGCUCCUCACAUCCCACGGCCCGCGUCUAUUGAUGAUCCCCUUGCAGAAUCUUCAGAUACUUUUGACGGCAAUAGCUCGCUAUUGGAUAUGAGAGGCUACAGCAAUGUCAACAUCGAUAUCCCAUUGAACACGCAGUCCUCUUUGUAUAUGGAAGUAACUCAUGACGGUAAGGUCACCGAAUUAGUUGCUCGAUUUGAGUCGUAUGCCAGUUACUCUGACGCCGCCGAAGCAUCCCAUGAAGGACAUAUCUCUGCGCCUAUUCCCUACGAUCACCCCACCACUAGUUCUCACGCCGAGACUGUUCGAGAGGGUCGUUUCGAGCAAUCUGAUCAUCAUUUCUCUACACAUACAGGCAUUCAACUCGUGUCUGCACACAGCCCUCGCAAGUCGAUCCCUUCACACUGGCUGCCCAAGAGUGCUGGCCCCAACUUAGCAACGGCGCAACGCGCAAAGGAGCGAACAUACAAGAAGAGUGCUGAGAGCAGCUCCCCUGGCGAAUUGAUGACGAUCCGCGGAACCCACAGCUCAUUCGACUUGAGUAGAGGGUAUGGCAAGGAAGGCUCAACUUAUCUGACGAAAGAAGCUCUGGCAGCUGUCGACAGUAGCAUCACAUCAUCCUCGUCCCCGCUCGGCACUGGUACAGUUCCCAGCUCUCCCUCAAAGAAAGCAUGGAAUAGCCCUACUAGGUCACCUGUACGCAGCAGCACGAGCCAGCAACCCAAGUUGUCUUUCAAGAUGUCGCCGGUAAAGUUGGCAAACCUCAAUACCAAGUCAUCGCCAGGACACUCGCGAGCAACCAGCAGCAUCUCCACGUCAACUGGCAAUACGGCUUUCUAUACUGCUCAAGGUUCGCCUGUAAGGAGUCCUACAGACAUUGAGCAAAGUUUCCAUACCGAUUUAGAAUAUCUUGAGGAAUUUGACGUUUCCGAUACUGAUUUACAUGCUGACAGUCAUGAUGAUCAGGUGUCUCACGACUUUGUCAGCUCGCCGUCGGCUAUGAAAGAAACAGUGGAAGAUACGACAAGUCCUAUGAAGCUGAAACGCGCGCACAAUCAGUCUCCAAAAUCAUGCUCCAGCCCAUCGCAUCCUGUCUCAUGCCAACAAGCUUCGCGGAUUCCACGCAUCGGCGCCACAAGCAAGAUUGCCAUCCCCACCAGAAAUUCCACUUUGAAGCGAGCCGAGUCCGUAGCAUCUCUGAAAUACAGGCUCAAGAUGAUGCAAAUCAUGCAUGCUGGAGCUGACGAGGAUUGUUUAUCGGAGAACUCCAUGGCUACUCAUCCAGGACACUUCCGUACCAUCGACAGCUCAAAGAUUGCGUCCAUUACAGGAAAAGACCGAGACGAAGAACGAUCACUUCUCCAUAACAAGAGGAGCGAUUCUCAUCUUAUCUCCACGACCAUCCUGGCACAACCUCCUGUUGCGACCCAGCACAUGGACACCCCGAGAAUUGAACCCGUUAGGGAUCAGCUUGAACAGCCUGCAAUUCCCCCCGAUAUGCCUGGUCUAGAGGAAUUGCCGGAUGUUACAACUUCGUGUGUCAGACAGGAUUCCACAUACAGCUCCCGAACAGCAAGCACCUCUACUGUACGGGCAACUUCGAAGGUCGUAGAUCCUGUUCCUACAGAUUCGACUGUCAUAUAUAGUCAGAAGAAGACAGAUGUUCUUGGUACGACACCCACACUGCCAAACAGAAUGCCUCCAAUCAUUGUCAUGAUGGCUCACAGUUUGAACAUAGGCGAUCUGAGUCAUAUUGCCGACCAAGAAGAUGCAGAUUCAGCCAAAACGGACCAAAUACACGAUGAUACAUCGCCUGUUAGAGGCAGAAGUGAAUGUAUCGGGUCAGACCUUCGUGCGACUGCCGCAGAGUUCGUACCCCAACCUGCAAGUGCAGCCGUCCCAAAAGAGCCCUUUACUGCGCCGGAGUUUGUGCCUCGUCCCCCGAGCGCGAUUGCCGCAGUCGAGCCUUCUACUACUACCGUGGCGGGUACACUGUAUCAGGAUAUACCCGGCUUGCCAGACAUGACGGUGCUCGAUAGAAACGGAAUCCCGUUCUUGUGGUACAUGUAUGGGGUUCAGUUUGCUUAUGAACAAGGCUUCCGGAACGGUCGUCCAAAGUCACCGAAGAAGAUCAAACCCAAGAAGCAGCGUUCGACGUUGCCUUCUCCGGCUGAUGCUGCUGAUCCUGUCUCUAACAGUAUCGCUGCAACCACUUCCUUGUCGGCCAAUCCAAACGCUACCGAAGGAACGAGGCACUUGACUUCUGCGGAACUAAUGCCGCCUCCAUCCGCACCUGUGCAUCAGCACCAAGAAGACCAAAAUUCGGAGAAUUCUCGUCCCAACUUGCAGAAGCAGAAUGCGAAGGCUGACGAUGUUGAACCGACACAGUCGUUCUCAAACCAGUUCGACAUGGUUGAGAAAACUGUACUUGUCAACCGCACAAAUAUCGACGCUUCUCGCCCCUUGAAACCCGCCCUACCCUCUGGUCCACGCAGUAUGCAGCUUCCAACACACUACACAAUCCCACGUCGUGGCAAUCGCUACCGUCACCCUGGUAACGGCUUGUAUGGUGGUCGCGGCAACGCUGCGGGUAUUCCCAUGGAUGCUACUGCUCCAUUCCCUACCCCUGUAGCGCCCCAAGGCCGAGUGGGUCAGGCACAGGUUGAGGUUGGCAUCUCCACAGACUACUCCGGGUACACGAUUGGAAGAGAAACUUGUGGUAUGAUACAAAUUGAUGAAGCAAGGGAGAAGAUCGGCGGUCUAGCAUGCCAUGCAUGUGAUCCUGAUCAUUGA